UCCAUUAUUGUCAAAACACAAUGAGCAAAACGAUAGAAAUGUACCCGUCGAUUUUUGCCCUGCCUAAUUAAUUAUGAACUACGAAAAGCCGAUUUAGAGCGAAAAGCGAACGUAAAUGUACUAAAAUCAAGCAUACUAAGUGAAAUGGAAGUUUGCCUUGAAGUUGAUGGGAUACUAAAAACGGAGAAACCAGAAAACAGUCCUGUAGCCUUUUCCUCAUCGUCUGCUCCAACAAUCGAUUCCCCAAUAAAACUCGAAUAUGAGAUUGGUGAUGAGGAAUUCACACAAAAUAGUAAUCUUCAUCUCGAAUAUCAGAUUUGUGAUGAGGAAUUCACACAGAAGAGUGACCAUGAAGACGACUUAGUACCGAAAGAGGAACAGAUUUACAGUUGCGAAAUUUGCGGGAAACAAUUUUCUUCGAAGAAUGCCCUGAAGAAGCACAUGAUCGUUCAUACUGAAGACAAACCAUUUCAGUGUAAUGUGUGUGGCAAAGGAUUCCAGUAUUAUCAUAAAUUAAAGGACCACAGCAAUAUUCACACUGGUGAACGUCCCUACAGUUGCACUGUAUGCGAAAAAAAAUUUUCGUCUAAAAAGAUACUUGGUCAACACAUGCCUAUUCACGCAAGCCAGCGUUUGUACAAAUGUAUUGUGUGCGGAAAAGAAUUUUCUAUUAAGCGUUACCUAUCUAAACACAUGUGUAUUCACCAAACUGAGUACAAAUAUAAGUGCGAAGUGUGUGGCAAAGCCUUUAAUGAUGGUGCUUACCUCGCGGGCCACCAACGCAUUCAUACGAACGAAAAGUUAAAAUGCACCAUUUGCGAGAAAGAUUUUUCCAAUAAGUAUUAUCUCAGCAGACACAUGAAAAUUCACGUGGAAGGUUACAAGUAUAAGUGUGAUGUGUGCGGCAAACAAUUCAUCUCCAAACCACUUUUGAAAGACCACGAAUAUAGUCACACAGGUGAACGGCCUUACAAAUGCACUGUAUGUGAAAAAGAUUUUCAGGGUAAACUAAAUCUAGCUCAUCACAUGCGCCAUCACUCAAGCGAGCGGCCUUACAAAUGCGCCGUAUGUGGAAAAGAUUUCGUCAUUAUGGUUUACCUAACUAAACAUAUGCUUACUCACACCGAUGAUUACAAGCAUAAGUGUGACGUUUGUGGCAAAGGUUUUAUGACCAGGAAAUUACUGGAAGAUCAUAAACGCUGUCAUACAGGAGAGCGACCGUACAAAUGCACUGUAUGUGGGAAAGCUUUCGCGUCUAAAACUUACCUGUCCAGACACAGGUCUAUUCACGAAAGUGAUUACAAGUACAAGUGUGAAGUGUGUGGCAAAGGCAUGAACGAUAGUUCAGGCUUCGCGAAACACAAAAGCCUUCAUACGAAGGAAAAGUCAAUGCACCAUAUGCGGAAAAGAUUUUAGCUCUAAGAUUGGCCAAGGAUUCACAAAAGCAAACAUUUAGAGGUAGUUUGGAAACAUUGAUUGAGGAACUUCACUCACUAUGAUGAAUAACAUUCAACGAGAUCACAUCGAACGGUGUUCGUAUAUUACGAACCAACUAUUGUAUAUUGAAUUCUUAUUACUUACACUUUAGAGUGUAUUCAGCAACACUUCGGCGCAACGCGCAACACUGCUGUCAUUAUGAGCAAACUUAAUAAAUGAGCCAGAGGCUCACUCACUUCUGUUUUUUGCAACCAACUGUGUUAGACGUGUUUUACACUUCCGGUGAAACUCUCAACGGGUGAGCACGUUGCAUCGUGUUAGUCCGGAGAAAAUUCGAGUAUUUCGCAAGAAAGAAAGGAUUUUCAGCCGUGCUUUGACGAUUCGACGCAGCCACACAGCGAGAUUUUCGCUUGUAGUCAAGUGAAAAUAAAGUCCAUUGGACUAUAAACGAAAAUUAACUGGCAAUAUAGCCUUAGUUGCUGUGCCAUCAAUUCGGCGUCAUCUCAAGUGAGGUGACGCCAACCAGAAAAGAAGAAGAAGAAGAAGACGUGUUUUAAGAACUUAAAAGAAAACCAUUAUCAUUACGAGCCUUCUGGAACAUAUUAGUGGCGACGAGGAAAAGGAAGCUGAUUUCGGACACAUUUCUAAGGCGCAAGGAAAAUUUCGGCGUGAGGAAGCUGUUGGAGUAAUUCCGGGCGCGGAUAAAUUUCGGAAUAGCAGCGGAACGGCGGAAUCGAUUUCUGGACAAUUUUCAGAAGCUGUGGAUAAAUUCGGUGUCGACGCUUAAGGUAAGCGUGACUUUUUCAUUAAAACAAAAGAAACUAUUGUGAGGUGGUUUUUGGUUCGCGAAUCCGCUUUGUUCGCAAAUUAUAAGCGAUUUUGUUAAUUGUGAUACGCCAUUUUGAAUUUUUUUUUCUCGCGGCGUCAGUUUUGUGGACAAUUAAAAUUUUUUCCUGUAAAGUUUUUGGUGGAAAGAAAAGUUUUUGCACUAUAUUAAGAGUGUUUUUUCUCUUUAUUUUGAGAGUUAGGUACAAUUUAGCACAGCAGGAGAAAUCUGGCUGCGGAAACAAUUUGAUUGCUGCUUUGGUUCUUCGAAAAAUUUCGUGACUUUGGCAUUGCGUUUGUGUGAGUGACGGUUUAUUCCGGUGAGUAACAGAAAUAUUUACAAUUUAUUGUUUUAAAAUUUUGACUUUAUAUAACUUGUAAUUUGUGGUAAUUUGAAAUUGAUAGAUUUUUGCCUUAUAUUUGAUUUUGAUCAGAAUUUUGACAAAAAUGUCCUACAUGGUGGCCCCUAAUAUUGAACCUUACCGCAAGGGCCAAUCUUUUGCCACUUGGAUAAAGCGUUUGGCGGUUCAUUUCUGGGUGAACAAAGUUAAAGAUAAUGAAAAAAAGGAUCAGAUGUUCAUCUUGGGAGGAGAUUUUUUGUUCAGUAUGGCAGAAAAACUCUACCCCACAGAAGCAAUGAUGGAAGAAGUGUCGUAUGAAAUUUUAGUGCAAAAGCUUAAGGAGAGAUUUGACAAAACUGAUUCAGUCUUGCUCCGAAGAUAUAAUUUCGGCACAAAGGUGCAACAACCGGGAGAAUCGGCAAGCGAUUUUAUAUUUUCGUUAAAACUCCAAGCGGAGCAUUGCGAAUUUGGGGAGCAAAAGAAUCGUCUUAUUCUUGAUCGUAUUUUGGUUGGGUUGUCUGAUGGCUCUCUUAAGCAUCGUCUUUUUACGGAGGAUAGCUCCAAGUUGACGCUUGAACAGGCGGAGAAUAUUAUCGCUACGUGGGAAAUGGCGGCUACUCAUUCAAAAGCUUUAACGAACAGCGAUGUCGAUUUGGUAGCUUCACUGGGCACUAGGUACCCUUUGACUCAAGGUAGAGGUGCAGUUAUUCAACGGAUGAGGGAAGCUCAGCAAAAUUUUCACGGUUUGGUAAAAAGUCGGCUUGGUGUUCGACCUGAAAUACGACCGGCGGAAGAUAGUCAGAGAGUACAGUUUCACUCACAGCGUUUUGAACAUCGUGAUUCGUCGGCUAGUUCAGCUCGUGGUCAAUACAAAAUGGACGACCAACAAUGGCCGAUUGAUCAGCGUAUCUGCUAUCAUUGCGGACGUAGAGGACAUGUGCGAAAGAAAUGCUACAAGUGGAAGAACGAGAGCGGCAAGACGGUUAAUCGUGUUGACGCACAGGAAUCUAUUACCAGUGCAAACCAUUUAGCAGAACCAUUAGAUAGCUUGAGGAUCCAAGAUUCGGACUCAGAUGGUAAUAUCUCAGGUGAUUUACAGUGUAUGAACGUUUCUUCCAUAAACAAGAUAAGCAAUCCAUGUUUAUUGGAUGUUAAUAUUGAAAAUAUUCCUGUACAGAUGGAAGUUGACAGUGGUUCUUCUGUUUCAGUAAUUGGAAAAGAAUUGUUUGUUUCUAAAUUCAGCCUUCCUUUAUUUGAAUGCUCUAAACAAAUGAUAGUGAUAAAUGGUUCCAGGUUGAAGAUAUCUGGGGAAGUUAAGGUUGAACAUAAAGGAAGAAAAGCUAAAUUGCGAUUAUUGGUUCUUGAUUGUAGUUAUCAGUUUAUUCCAUUAUUGGGCCGACCAUGGUUGGAUGAUUUCUUUCCCAACUGGAGAAAUUAUUUCCUGGACGAUUGGAUGCCAGUGAGCAAUAUUACAAAGAUAUACAAUGAAACAUUGAUUACUGAUUUAAAAUUUCCAUUUUCUGAUAUACGUGUCAAGAAACUAUGUAAACCGGUAAACAAUUUCGGAACUGAUUCGAUUGGAAAAGGUAUCGUUCCAAAAAUUGAAUCAACAUAUGACGUUCGUUUUCUUUUGAAACAAAAAGUUUUGAAGUGUUUUGAUAAGUUAAUGGUGAUUUUCGAUAAAGAGGACAUUUAUUCAGUAUUUGCAACUAGAUUUCAAGCUGGGGUGAUUAUUUCACAAAAUAGUCAAACCGAUAUAAUAAAAUUGGCAAAUAAAAGUAACACUGGUGACGCAAAAAUGAAAAGACGCAUAGUUUUCUGGAAUGGUUUAAGCACUACUAUUAAAAGGUUUUUUGCUGCUUGUUAUGUUUGUGCAAGUAUGGCAAUUGUUACAAAACAACAAAUUAUUUCAAAAUUUAUUUAUUUAUUUAUUUACAAUCAACAGACACAAUUUGGUCCUAAUGAUAAUUCCUAAUAAUAUUCAGAAAAUUUGUACGUAUUCUGCUUCGUGACACAUUAAAAUCAUACCCAGAUGAAACGCGGUUGAACGAUCUCUGUAAACCAAUAAUAGAACCGUUUGCGCCAUAGUUGGUACGUCGUAUAGGAAGUCGAAGAAAAGCACUGUUGCGGAGAGCUCUGGGUCGCACAUUAAUAUUAAUUUCGUUGAGCAAAACGGGACAGUCGAUCCUACCGUUGAAUAUAUCUGCUAUUAUCAAAGCGCGUGAUAAUUCUCGUCGUACUUGUAAUGUGUCGAGACUCAUUAAUAACCCGCGACUUUCAUAACUAGGUAGUUGAUGAGGAUCAGUCCACGGCAAUCGACGAAGAGCGAAGCGAACGAAUCUACGCUGUAUUCCCUCAAUUCUAUGAGCACCGUUCAGGUAGCAUGGGUUCCAAACUGCCGAGCAAUAUUCGAGAGUUGAACGAACAAGCGAGCAGUAAAGCGAUUUUAGACAGUGUAUGUCUGUGAAGUGCUUAGUUAUUCUCAUUAAGAAUCCUAAGCUACGGGAAGCUUUAGCUACAAUGUAACUGAUGUGAUGCUUGAAUGUAAGUUGCUCAUCGAGAUGGACGCCAUAUUUCUCUAAAUGGGUGGAGGAAGAGAUAAUAAGAAAAGGAACCAGUAUUCCAGAAGUUUUGAUGGAACUGAUUGAACUCUUUGCUCGUUUUGGACUGCCAGACGUUUUAGUAUCUGACAAUGGUCCUCCGUUCAACUCGCAUUCCUUUAAAAGUUUUCUGGAAAGACAGGGUAUAAAAGUAUUAAACAGUCCUCCAUAUAAUCCUGCUAGUAAUGGCCAGGCAGAGAGACUGGUAAGAACAGUAAAAGACGUUCUUAAAAAGUUCUUAUUGGAACCGGGAAUGCUAGAACUGAGGUUGGAAGAUCAAAUAAAUCUAUUCUUAAUAAAUUAUAGAAAUCAUAACAUGACGAUGGAGGGCAGUUUUCCUUCUGAAAAAGUAUUUUCUUAUACUCCAAAAAUGUUAAUCGAUUUGGUUAACCGUAAGAAACACUAUGAAAAAAUGUUAGCGACUUAUACUCUAAUUGGUGAUGAUACAAAACCGGAUCAUGACAAUAAGGCGGAUCUGCCUGAUCUACUAGAUACUCUGACACCAGGAGAUAGUGUGUGGUAUAAACACAAUAUGUCUCAUAUACGUGGAAAAUGGAUUAAGGCAUCAGUUUUAAAACAUUUAUCUAAAAAUUUAUUGCAGAUCAUGGUUGGAAACGAGGCGACUACUACGGUUCAUCGAAGCCAAAUAAGGAUCGUUACGAAUAAACGAGGUUCACCAUAUCAGCCAAGACCAUCGAUGCGAAUGGUCAAGACUGGUCGGCCAAUCCUGACUGUCGAGGAAUCUGUAGUGGCAACACAAGAUGGAAGCGGUGUCCGGCAAAUACCUGAUCGAAAUGCUAUCCAACCGUCGAAUGAUCCUAAUACACAAAUUUUUAGAUUUAGUAGGAAACGAAAAUUUCCACCAGAUCCGGUAGCGCUAACUGGCCUACCUAGGCGUUCGAAAAGAGCUAGAAAACCUAGAAUCGAAAAUGAAUUCGAAUAUUUUUGAGUUUUGUUGUUACUUGAAUUAUUGUUCAUUCUUUUUAAAGGAGGAAGAGCUAUUGUAUAUUGAAUUCUUAUUACUUACACUUUAGAGUGUAUUCAGCAACACUUCGGCGCAACGCGCAACACUGCUGUCAUUAUGAGCAAACUUAAUAAAUGAGCCAGAGGCUCACUCACUUCUGUUUUUUGCAA